AUGAACAUUUCUACCUCAAAUAGUGGGAUCAACAAUGGUCCUAGCCACAACGGUGUGAAACGGAAGCUGAUCAUUCACAAUGUACCCAAGCCAUCGUCGGAUGAUAAAACAGUUAAUGUCCCGAUAAGCCUCACUCUUUGUAUGAUGUUCAUCUACAUCCUGAUCGGUGCCACGGUCUUUUGCAUGUGGGAGAAUCCCGAUUACAUCAAGUGGUCGUACUUCUGUUUUGUCACCUUAUCAACUAUUGGAUUCGGAGAUAUCGUUCCAGAAAGGUUAGUGCUGUGCGGUUUACAUUGCUCGCAGGAAGUGCCGUCGAUUGGAAGCAUUUUUGACGUAUCAUAG